CGCCACGGCCGCCGCCAUUUUGUCUGGUGUGCGUUUGCGCGGGCGGCCUGCUGCUGGCUCAGCGAGGUGGAGAAGAAGAAGAAGCCGGCCGUGGGGGGAACGAGGAACGCCAUGUCGGCUUUCUCCGAGUCGGCGCUGGAGCGGAAGCUGUCGGAGCUGAGCAAUUCUCAGCAGAGCGUCCAGACGCUGAGCCUGUGGCUCAUCCACCACCGAAAGCACUCGCCGCUCAUCGUCACCGUCUGGGAGCGCGAACUGCGCAAAGCAAAACCAAAUAGGAAGCUGACAUUUUUGUAUCUGGCCAAUGAUGUUAUUCAAAACAGCAAAAGAAAAGGACCAGAAUUUACAAAAGACUUUGCACCUGUCAUAGUAGAAGCAUUUAAGCAUGUUUCCAGUGAAACUGAUGAGAGUUGUAAGAAGCACCUUGGCCGAGUGCUCUCUAUUUGGGAAGAAAGGUCUGUUUACGAAAACGAUGUAUUGGAACAGCUUAGGCAGGCUUUAUAUGGUGAGAAAAACCCAAGAAAACGCACAUACGAGCAGAUUAAGGUUGAAGAUAACUGUUCAACACAAAGUUCUCCAUGUGAUCCUCCACAGACUGUGGAUCUCAUUAGAGCAUUACAGGAAUUAGAAAAUGCUGCCUCCGGGGAUGCAGCGGUUCAUCAGAGGAUAGCUUCAUUACCUAUAGAAGUCCAAGAUGUAUCCUUGCUUGACAGAAUAACAGAUAAAGACUCAGGCGAGCAGCUUUCCAAGAUGGUAGAUGAUGCAUGUAUGUUGCUGGCGGAUUACAAUGGCAGGUUGGCAGCUGAAAUAGAUGACAGAAAACAGCUAACUCGAAUGUUAUCAGACUUCCUGCGAUGCCAAAAAGAAGUCCUCACAGAGAAAGAGCAGACAUUGGAAGUGCGUGACUUUGUCAUGGAAUACAAGCGCAAAUUGACCAGAGUCUCGCAGGUACGGAAAGAACUCAAGUCACGCAUCCAGAGCCUCCCUGACCUGUCAAGACUCCCCAAUGUCACAGGAAGUCAGGUGCAUCUUCCAUUUGCAGGGGAUGUUUAUAGUGACAAUUGACAUUCAGAUGUUCCACUGGAAUGAAGAAUUGGUCGGGUUGAUUGAUAUUAUUUUUGUAUAUUUGUUGAGAGUAGCACUGAAGCGUUCUAAUUUAUAUGAAAUGUUAAAUGUUGCUUUGUUUACUAUUUUACUGACAAGUGAAGCAGGUACUAUGAAAGAGGCAGCAUCUGUGUAUUAUGUUAAAGAAAGUGAUAACUGCAAUUAACUUUUGUACUCAAUUUGAUUAGAUCCCACCCCCAGUAGAAAAUUGUUUCUAUUUUUUGUUUUGUUUUUCUUAUAUGCUCUUUAUUGGCUAUAGUUUUAUUAAUUUAAACUAAUCAUACAUGAAUCUGCACUUAAGUAGCAGAAAUUGAUAUUUUGAUUACAAAAGAUGACUUGUACAACUUGUUUGAAACUUGACAGUAAUCGUUUACCACCUCCAAAAAUAAAUAUAUUUGUCAGUUAUUAUGUCAUUUAAAAACUUUGAAUACGUCAUAUUAAAAACAGAUGUUGAAUGACCAAAAAUGACUAAGUAAAUUAAAAUACUGAUUAUUUAACAUUUUAA